CAUCCGGGACCUUUCGUCUAAAAAUAAUCCUUACGUCAUGCUGCCGAGCUGUGAUUGGCUGAAUGGGGUGCGGCAAUGACCCGGAUGUACUGAAGCUCGGCAACUCUCUGGAAACCCUUUUUCUCCUGGAAAAAAAUGAGACUUUCCUGCUACCAGUUCAAAAGAGAAAAUAACUGCAUAUGAUGUAGUUUUCCGACAGGUUUUUCCUUUGUGCAGUUUACGACGUAGAAUUGUGAAAGGCGCGAAAAAUGUUGACCAAUCAGCUUGUAGAUUGCAUAAGCAAACGAGUGAUGAUGCAAUGACAUACUAUACAGCCUCUGAUUGGCCAUCAUGGAAGGCAUGCGUCCUGCAGAAGGAGUUGUUUUGAGCAUGGCUCUGGUACUGGUGAGGUUGUAGCUUGUCUAGGACGAUUUUCUCCGAUUACACGCUGUGUUCUUGGAUAAUUUUACUACGACAGUAUACUUCGAUAACUAGAGAACAUCUGGGGGCGUUUUGGCACGUGAAAGCUACGCGAGGACGCUCUUCUACGGGCCCAGAAAAAAGGUCGACAUCAACUUUGGUGUUUGAUUUCUGUUGUGUUGAAGGACGAAGUGCUGAACAUCUCUGAUCUGUCUGUCUCAAGUGCCAGAGUACCUGUCCCAGCUUCAUGGCGGAUAUUGAUGUUAAAAGUGAGCCUACUGACUCCAGUGACAGUAGCCCAGGGUCGCCCCCUGUCCUUAGCCCAGGCACCUCAUCUGGUGGGAGAAGGGGCGGCGGAAAGGCAUCCAAGAAGUACCUGCAUGACAAAAAUAGUGAUGAGUACCGCAAGCGACGGGAGCGCAACAACUUGGCGGUGAAGAAGAGCCGUGACAAGAGUCGCCAGAAAACCCAGGAGACUCUCCGUCGCGUGCAGGAGCUGAAGGAAGAAAAUGAGCGCCUGGAGCUCAAGAUCAAAAUCCUGUCCAAGGAACUUAGCGUACUGAAGGAUCUCUUCCUGUCGCACGCUGGCAGCUUACCGGGGGAGGACGCCCCAUGCCUUCUGGGGGGAGUUACUGCAGCACCCCUCCCCAUGUCCACUCCUGCUGAGGAAACCAAAAGUUCGUCCACUGCGACUUCCACCUCCAACAUUUCUCUUUCAAAUGGGACUAUCAAUGCCACAGUACGAGAAGUAGCAGGUAUACUUCAGGGUCUAGCUGUGCCAGUUAGGGCGAAUAACCAGGCUGUUCUGAAUGACCAUGAGUAUGCAACCACUGUGAAGUCAUAGCAGUGAUGUGUGUACAUGUGUGCAGAACACUUGUACUUAGUAGCUUAUCCCAUGCUUCAGUGUUUAUUCUAUAGAUUGCCUAGAAAGGUUCAGCUAUAGACGUUAUAUUGGGUAAGAGGCAAUGGAAGUACGCUUUCAGCAUUGUGACCUUUGCUAAACAGAUAUUUUUGCAGUUGUUGGGCAAAAGCACACUACCAGUAAAAAAGGAAAUGCCACUAAAAUGUAGCCAGAAAAUGUAGAAUUGUGAUAAAUGUAUUUGUAACCCUGCUCAAAGCAGUCUUUCAAUAAGUAUGAUGUGAAAGUGUAGUUGAAAUGGGCUGUAAUGUUUUCAGUACAGUUACUAAAAAUUGUCACACUAAAGCCAGCACCAUUGGGGUGCUGUUUUCCACCAACAAUGAAUCAUGGAGAUGUGGAACUGUUUUUUAUGUGUGUGACACAAAAAAAAGGUUAACACAAAUAUAUAUAUGAUAAGAUAAAGAAUUUUUUGGCUGUAACCAGUAAGGCCACAUUGAUUUGAUUAUAUGGAAGACAUCUGUGUGCACGUCAAUUUUUGGCCAUUUCCAUAUGAAAGUUUUCAACCAUACUGUAAAUUGUACAAAGCAGCUGCAAAAUAAGCAAAAGUGGGGUUUCCAGAUGAUGUCAUCAAAAUAAUCAAAUCAACAUGGCCUACAAGGCUACACAAAUAUCUCAAAGCCGUAUCAUUUAUGACAACACUUCUGUAUUCUGUGACCAACAAGCACAAAAAUCACUAUAUCAAAGAUACCACUGUGGUGUAAGAUUGACAUUUAGUUCAGUAAUGACAAGGCACGCAACCACUUUCUUGGUAAGAUAGCAGUGUUAUGUGCUAGCACUGUACAAUAAAAAAACUUGGUAACCACAAAUUAAGACAGCAGAAAUGAAGGGUUUUGUAAACAAGGUGAGAUGGAGUUUAAGUAAGUCAUUUAAAAGUAGCAGCCCAAAUAACAGGAUUCUAUGAUGAUUACAGGUAUUGCAAGAGUUGCAUAUAACUGGCACUAUAAACAUCUUGCAUGUAGACACCAUCUGGUUAAUGGCAAUCAUGGGAACUGUCCAUACCAUCUAUACACAUACAGAGCAAUGUUCACACUUUCCUUUAUGCCAGAAAAUACCACUUACUUUCCUUGGCAACAUUUGAAGAUGAAGUUAAACCAGUACAAUUACCUAUAGUGCCAGUAUGUAUGUAUGUAUGUAUGUAAGAAAGAAACUACAUAUAUGUAGUCAGGCAUGCCUCUGUUCCCCUGUUGUAACAGAUCACACUCAGAAGUGGUACUGAUGUUGUAAUACUUCAUGGUUUUGUGAUGGCAGCUAAAUGUGUCAGUGGCCAGAGGAAAUUUUCUUUUAUUUAUAGUUUCUCUUUUAUAUUAGUUGCUUGAAUAGCCUGUAACUGAGCUUAUAGUUUGGGUGACAUCAAGAUAAGUGAGAAAGAGACAACAUCUGGGUUUAAGAUAAGGGGAACAGUAUUCCCUCCAUGGCUUAAAUAUUGAAAGCUGUGUAAUUUUUUCAGCAGAAGAUAGUUGAAAGUAACAGUUUAAUGACAUUUAACCAGAUAUUUUUAUUUGGCCAGCACACCAACAAGCCAAGCAAUGCAAUUGGUACAGAGCUGUUAAAUUUUCUUCAUGCAAUCAGAGCUGUGAGUGACAUUGCAUGGUAUAUCUGUGUAGCAAUGGUCAGUUAUAUCAGCUAUGAUGCUUAUCAUGAAUAUACAGUAUUUCUUCUGUUGUCUGACAGCAUUGAAAAAUAUAGGAUAUCAUUGUGGAAUGUAAAGUUGUAUCUUGAUGCAAGCUAUGAUUACUGUCCAGGAAAACUUAGUUCAUGUGUUUUAUCAAUAUCAGUGCAAAAGGAAGAAAUCUAACAACCAAGAACAUGCAUACUGGAUGUGUUCGCUCACUGUACUGCCAGAUUCUUCCUUGUGAGACUGCACCAAUUUGUAAAAUUCAGGAGAUGGGAAUCACACAUAAUAUUAUUAUCAUUGAUGGUUAGCAGCACUGUUACUCAUACUGAGUUAUGUCGUGGAUAUUGACAUUGUAUGUCGUAAACAAGAAACAAAAUGGUGGUUUUUCUGUUAUUGUAUCACAGUAAAAAAUAGCUGGACACCGUGGUUAAACUGCUUAUGUAAAUGCCAAUUCUUGCUCUUGUAUAUUUUGCUAUAUCCCUUUCCUGCUAUAUUCACAUUAAACUUUAAAAAGUUUUGUACCAAA